CUGAACAUGGUCACUGGCCAACGAAUGGGAGAAUUUGAGGUUAUUUGUCGUUUUCUUUCGCACGUGCUCGUAUGCUGCUCGCUGUAUCUGUUGCCGCGUGGUGAUUAAUAUUAAUUAUUUUCUUUUUAAACAGUGUAAACUGUGUCGUUGUGUGUUGCAAUGAGUACGAUGAAACAAGAGACGCAUCGACCAGGUGCACUCAAACAAUCUAAUAAACAACACAAGACUGGAAGACAUCGCAGUAAAAGUGCUAUCAAUAAUGAUCUUAAAGGUAAACAAAAUAUUACUGGAAAAUCAUCGAAAUGUUUGGAGAAAAAUCUUCGGAAGGAUGCUCGUAGAAAUCAAUUGUUGCAAUAUAGAAAAAAGAAACGCGAACAGGUAUUGGCGCAGAAGAGAAAUCUUGGUGGCUUUUCUUCAGCACCUAUUCUUAUCUGCGUUAUACCAUUGCAAAGUAAUACUGACAUAAAGAACAUUGUGUCUGUAGUAUCUAGUAUGGAUGAUAAAGCUGCUAAUGUUGCUACUAGUCCAAGUGGAAUUACACAUAUUAGUGUACCAAGGCUGAAACAACGAUUUGCCAUCAUUGUGCCACCUGUAGGUGACAUUUUAGCGACAUUAGAUGCUGCCAAAGUUGCUACCACAAUACUCUUUGUCACUUCUGUUACAAGUCAAACAAAUGAUAAUAUGCCAGAAAUUAUUGAUGAUUGGGGCAAGGAAAUUAUUGUGUCUUGUCUUGCUCAAGGUUUACCUGCUACUAUUGUUGCAGUGCAUAAUAUUCAAAAACUUCAUAUCAAAAAACGUCAGGAAUAUAAACAAUCUGUGCAACGUGCCAUUUCAAAAUUGCUUCCUGAAGAAAAAGUGUUUGAAUUAGAUACUACAGCUGAUUGUUUAAAUAUGUUACGUCGUGCUGGAUCGCAAAAGCAAAAAAGUUUAUUUUACAAAGAUAUAAGGCCACACCUUUUGGCUGAGGAAGUUUCCUUUGAAUCUGAUAGAGAUUCUCUUGAUUGUGGAACUGUCACGAUCAGUGGAUAUUUACGAGGCACAACGCCAUUAUCCGUUAAUAGCUUGAUUCAUAUAUCAGGUUUUGGAAGUUUUCAAAUGUCUUGCAUCAAAACAUCAAGAGAUCCAUAUUUAAUUGAGCACAUGGAACAGAAAAGACAUCUUUCUAAUGAUAAAAUGAAAAUGGAAUGGAAAAAUGAAACCGAGAUCCUAAUUGCAGAUCCAGAAAAACAGGAGUCUCUUGAAAGCGAAUAUAUUCCUGAUCCGAUGGACGCUGAACAAACGUGGCAUACGAAAGAGGAAUUGGCUGAAGCAGCAAACAAAAGAAAUAGAAAAAUUGUAAAAGUUGUACCAAAAGGAACUUCUGAAUAUCAAGCUGCAUGGAUACCGGAUGAAGAUGAAGAAAGCCUAGAUAUACCUUCAGAAAAUGAAUCGGAUGAUAACAUGUCUGUGGAAGAGGCAAGAUCUGAAGCGGUUAGUAGUGAAGAUUUAGAAGAUGACGAACAGUAUGAAACUAUUACGAUAUCGGAAGCACCUCUCGAUGAGGAGCGUUAUGAUCAAGAUAUCGAUAUGUUUGAAGAAAAGCAAGCUAUGGAAAGCUUUAAAGAAGCAAAAUUGGACGCGCAAUUUCCCGAUGAAGUGGAUACACCUCUAAAUAUUUUGGCUAAAACGAGAUUUCAAAAAUAUCGAGGUCUCGAAUCGUUCCGCACUAGUCCUUGGGAUCCAAAGGAAAACCUUCCUAUUGAUUAUUCUCGGAUAAUUGAAUUCGCCGAUUACGAUCGCAGACGAAAACGUAUUUAUAGAGAAUGUAAAGAUAUCGAAGAUGUCGUGGUACAUUCAGGAUGUUACAUCCAAGUUUGUGUCGCCCGUAUUAGCAGAGAAACUUUUAAGGCAUUCGCUAUAGAAAAUAAACCAUUAAUAGUGGUUGCUUUACUUCCAUACGAACAUAAAAUGUCUCUUUUGAACAUCGUGUUGAAACAUUCGAACAAUUACACGCAUCCAAUCAAGUCGAAGGAAAAAUUGAUAUUUCAGUGUGGAUUUAAACGAUUCACGGCAUGUCCAAUAUUCAGUCAACAUACAAAUGGCACUAAACAUAAAUACGAGAGAUACUUUCAUCCUGACAGUACUGUCGUGGCGAGUAUGUACGCACCUGUUACUUUUUCACCAUGUCCAGUUCUUUGUUACAUUGAGAGUAAAAGUGGCAAACUCGAAUUAAUUGCAACUGGUAGCGUGUUAUCUUGUAAUCCCAACAGAAUUGUUCUGAAACGAGUUGUUUUAAGUGGUCACCCAUAUAAAGUAAAUAAGAGAUCGGUAGUUGUGCGUUUCAUGUUCUUUCACCGUGAGGAUAUUGAAUGGUUCAAGCCAAUCCAAUUGAGGACAAAAUAUGGACGUAGAGGCCAUAUAAAGGAACCCCUUGGUACACACGGGCACAUGAAGUGCAUCUUCAAUGGACAACUGAAGUCUCAAGAUACAGUGUUGAUGAAUUUGUACAAACGUGUUUUUCCGAAAUGGACUUAUGAACCUAUGAAUCAGUACAAAUAAAAAUUAUUUAAUCUUGUCUUUAA